UGAACUUUUGGUGGUUUUUUUCUGUUGUAUUUUUUGAAAUUAAGAGAAAAAGGAGGAACGCUUCACGAAUUUGCGUGUCAUCCUUGCGCCUAGAGCAGAGCCAUGUUCGGGCGACCAUGUCGCUCUGUGGUUGGUUCAAAUCGCAAGUCAGCCCUCAGCCAAUCGCCGACGUAAAUGACCGUUACGACGCAUCCCAUUGGUCGACAGACCCAUCGACGGGCCCUCCCCACUUUUCCUCGGCCCGCGAUUCAUUCUUCGCAUUUGUUCGCCCCGCGAUUCAUUCUUCACAUUUGUUCGAGAUUUCCAGGCGUCGAACUCACCUGAACACCUUCUGGCAAUGGAUUUCAAGCCCAACUUUGUGUUGAUGCCGCCCGGCAUGAAGCACUUACGGCUGCAGUGCACGGCUCAGGCAACAAAGCUGGCCCAAGCACACAGAGCGAAACCCGCAGCUACCACCUGCAAGAGCGCUUCCGUGGUGAAGGAGGAGGCCGUGGCCCGCAUCGUUAAAGGCGGCGGAGACCCCGAGUGCUGGCAACUGGUGCUCAGCGAGAUGACGCUCCAGUUUGGCCAGUACCGGGGCCAAACAUUCAAAUGGCUCCUUGAGAACGAUGUGGGCUACUGUGCCAUGGUCGUGGCUUCCCACCAGAAGGAGCGCGACAACGGCGACACGUCGCAGUCACCCCUGGCGACGAAUAAAGAUUCCCUGUCAUCGUACGCGCACGUCUUCCCGGAGAUGGCCGCUGUCGUGCGGCAUCGGCUGAUGGUCAUGGGAGCACCGUUGGUCAGGGAGCUGGAUGAGCAACCGCUGAGAAUGGGACAUUUCCCCGACGAAACCUACCGUUCUCUCUAUGAGUCAGCUGAUGAGCGGCAUCGAGCGUAUGUUUGUCGUAUACGCGCAGGGAAACCUGGUAUGGCUGGCUCAUUCUUGCACACCCUGAACUCCUACAUCGUUGGGAGAGACAAUGAGGCAAAUUACAAAAGCCCUCAUCCAGUCCAAAGUGAGCGGGUGUCGGUCAAAAGUGAGCGGGUGUCGGCACGGCCUGAGCCAUCGGACGACGACGUCCUUGCAGCUGUCAUAGAGGUGGAGUCUCAGCAGCCGUCGUCGUCCCAGGCUUCCACUUCGUCUGCCGUCACAUCGCCCGUCCCUGCAACUCGCCCUCCCGCCUUGGUCUGGGCCCGUGGCGACACGGUGCCACAGCUGCCGGCGCCAAAGCAGAGCGUGCUCCCAAAGGGCUGGCUCAACACACUACCCGAGAGCGAGCACGCGUGGGUAGGCCGAGCGCUGUUCGAGAGAACGGCCGGUGGCAGAGCGGUCCUCACCACCAACCUCAAGCUGUGGUGGGAGCCCCCGAGCCCGCCCGCCUAUUUAACGCAGCCCCCCGCUUCAAACAGGCAGUUCUUCCACUCGAGGUUCUUCUUGUGGGCGCCGUACAAGAUGUGGGGGGUGAAACUGGCCUGCCCCGAUUCCAAAUGCGGCCACGACCGCCUGACCGGGGGGGGGCUGUACAGGACCGUUCGCCGGGUGCUGGAUCUGAGGGGCUGGUACUUCAUGGGCACAGAGAGCCUCGAGUGCCUCAAGUGCAACAAGAAGAUCUCGGCCUGGGAUAAGAGCAUCCGGAAGCAACUGCACAUCUCCAAGCAGUUGCUUUUCCCGGCAAUCAUGACUUACCAGCUGGCUUGCGACAAAGCGGUCAUCUCUCUGAUGAGGGCGCGCUCGCUGGGCAACAGUGCCACCCAGUUGCGCCGUGUGCUGACGGAGAUCCACAGUGAGGAGUGGAUGGCCAGGUGCACCAGCUACCUGUCCAUCCUCACGCAGCUGGGUGUCCCGGUCAGCGGGCGGGACGAAAUCCCGCCCAUGCGCUCGCUCCCCCUCGUGCCCUGGUUCCUCGCGGCCUACGUGAGGGACGUGCUCCCCCGCCUGGAGGACAACAAGGGCCGUCUCACCUCCAUCUUUGGAAACAUCCUGAAGAUGGACUCCACCAAGAAGUUGACCAAGAAGCUGGCAGGGGAAUCCGCCGGGACGGCCGCCUGGGUGACCAACGUGGGCAAUGAGUACGGGCAGGUGCUCAUGUCCGUGCUCACGGCCGCGGAGGGAGAGGGCCUUUCGGCCAUGGCGGACGGACUGGUCCGGCGGUACGGGGACGCGGGAAAGCCACCCCCGGAGGUGUUGUACGUCGACCGUGACUGUUGCUCCGUCGCCGGGAAGAGCAAAAUCCAUGACACCUUUGGCCAGUGGGACCGGUUGGUGGUCCGCCUCGACGUGUGGCACCUCAUGCGUCGCAUUGCCAGGGGCGUCAGUACGGACGCGCACCUCCUCUAUGGGCCCUUCAUGGCCCGGCUCGCCUCGGCCAUGUUCGAGUGGGAUGAGCGAGACCUCGAGAGGCUGAGGGCGGCCAAGCAGGCAGCGCAGGGCGGCGGCCACAUCACCCUGAAGCCCAAGGAGCUGGAGCGACAUUGUCGCCGCCGCACCAGGGGGGCGGAGGAGACCGAGAGGCUAGUCCAGGAGGUGCUUGACCACUUUUGGGAUGCCAAGGACACGAUGGGCAACCCUCUCAUCUACCGGGAGCGUAUGACGGAGAUCUGGAGGACGCAGCGUCGCCACAUGCGCUGCAUCCAGGACCCGCCGGGUGUGGCCCUCUACACCAAAACCGGGGAGGUCAAGAAAGGCGGGGUCACGCUCCCGGUGUUCCGCUGCGCGCGGGGGUCCUCCUCCCUGGAGUCCUUCCACCUCCAUCAGUGCCGAUUCAUUCCGGGCACAUCGGCCAACGCCCUCCACUUUCAGGUGUACCUGCUGGAGGGCUUGACCCAGUGGAACGAGGACAGGGGCAGGGCGGCCGUGGUGGGAGGCGGCAGUGGGGAGGUACGCUGCUAUAACGCGCGUGUGGUGGAUGCCUUCCAGGAGGUGGUGCGGAUGCGCCGGAUCUCCUCCCCCUUGCGCAAUUACACCCCGCCGGGGAAAUACACGGGGGAGCUCAUCGGGGUGGAGUACCUGCUAGCGCAGACCGGCGCCGUGCUCCAAUCCUGUCCGGGAGGAGAGGGGGAACACGGGGACGACUGGCAAGACCAGGUGACGGACGGGCAGGCACACAAGGGGGAGGAGGAGGAGGGGGAAGACGAGGGGCUGGAACUCCACCGCCUGUUGGCCAUGUCGGCACUGACCGAGGGUCUCCAAGGAGAUGAGCCGGGGCAGGAGCGGGGAGCGCAAGAGGAGGAGAAGGAGGAGGAGGAUGUCGUGGGACCGGACGGCCGAGGGGGCUACCAGCACGUCUGCCGGCUGGCCGACGCGCUGGUGCAGCUGCGCGUCAACGCUUUCGUGAAACCGUCUCAGGUGUCGCGGAUAAAAGACCUGUGGGAGAAGCUUCCCGACCACGACAAGGGUCCUCCCCAGGCCCCUCCGCCGCGCCGUAAGCCGAUGGUCCAGGGCCGCUUCAAGAACUCCAAGGGUCGCCACGUGCCGAGCAUGGAGGCUGCCAAACGUCUCUUUAUCGGGAAGGGGAAUGAAGUGGCACGCUCUCCAGGUGCCAGCAGGCUUGUGGAGGCCAUCUUCUCGGACCUGUCCAACAUCCACACCCAGGGCCACAGCCUCGCCGGUGUGCGCAUCAGUCGCUGGGGCCUGGUCAUGCGUGACUACAGCCGGAUCAGGGACCUGUGCAGGACCAGAGAGCUCCUGGCCGCAGCCCCCGUCCACCUUUUUGCGGUUAACCACCGGACCCUUACUCAGUGGCACAGCCAGAGAAGCAAGCACGACAGCGCGCAAGCAAUGUGCGUGGCGAUUCCGGCCCCCAGCAGUAAAGCGGCGACUGCGGACGCGCUGGCUGAGGCCAGGCCUCUGAUGAAUCAGCAGCCCCUGGGGGAGGCGGCUUUCGAGCACCCGGUGGAUAGCUCCGGUACAGCGGUGACUCACAGGGGUCCCGUCCUGCCGGAUCUUUUCAUGGCACUGCCCGCGCCCCAAGGCGAGCGCUCCACCCCUUUGCCGGCCGCCUCCACGCCUUUGCCGGCCGCCUCCACCCCUUUGCCGGCCGCCUCCACCCCUUUGCCGGCCGCCUCCACCCCUUUGCCGUCCGCCUCUGCCAGUCCCGGAGCCUCCACUUCGGCGCCGGCCCCGACUCCGCCGUCCGGCAAGAGGGGCCUAAUCGGGUGUGAGGUCGCGCACCGGGUGAGGGCGCCGAAGGUCGCUCAUUUCCGCUGCAAGCGCUGCGGCAACCCCAAAACCAAGGAGUAUGGCCAUAGCCGCUACAGGAGCGAGCACUUUUGCGCAAUGGCGGAGGGUCGUACGGUGGACGAGUGGCUGGAAGAGAAGAGGAGCCAGGACACGGACAGAAAGAGCGGACCCGCACCCCCACGCUUACCGCCGUGCGCUCAGCCCCGGCCUGCCCCUCCCCGACUGCGUCGUUUGCUUCCGGCACCCCCCGACGACGGCCCCGCUGCUCCGACGGCCGAGGGAGGUGGCCCCCCGCCACCCCCCCCAAACUAACGACCAAGGGCAGCUGCCCCAACGAUCGAGGGAGAUAGCACUUGAAAAGCACCACUUGACCUUCCCCCCUACCCAUGCACUUUAAAUAAAUAGCUCCCACUUCUUGCACUCGGCUUCAUUUCUCUCAGCGGCCAGCCAACCAACCAGACAUGGCGUCCAUGGAGCAGCAAGGGGUCAGCGGUUCAUCGUCUGCCGCAACCGUGAGCACCCCCAUCGUUUGCAUGGAGUGCCGAGGAAAAUGCGAUGCGUGCGGUGGUCUGAUCACGAGCAGGAGGAGGAGGAGGAGGAGGUACCGUGCCAUCGGCGAGCCCGGCGGCAGCGGUGAUACGCCCGCCAGGUGUACCGUUCGCAGGAGGAAAAACAGAGCCUUGCAGGACCAGCAGCUACUCGAUACCAACGAACAAUUCACAUGGGGCAGCGAACCUGGGCAGGACUGCCUGUGGUGUGGCGAGGCUCGUACUUUGGCGGGGGGGCAUGCUUUUUACAAAGGCAGCUAUUUCUGCCAAUCAAACGAAGAUUGUGGGGAGGACGGCGAGGUGAACAUUUCAGCAUGGCUGCAAAAGCAGUUGUCUGCGCUGCCGCCAAAAGAUCCCCGUACCACUGCGUGGCGGCAACGCAAACACCAGACCGAGGGGCGGGAGCAGUUGACAGAGCGGAAAGCCAGAAAGUGCGGAAAGUGUGGCCACCCGCAACAGGCGGUGUACGGUCACACUUCCUUCAUGAGCAAAGUGCCCAAGAAGACUCUCCGAACCUUCUGCACAC